AUGAACUUCACUACCUUUGCCACACCCCACGUCGGAGUGAGAGCGCCGCUCAAGGGGUACAAGGAUCAAAUUUUCAACGUUCUAGGACCAAAGACACUUUCAGCAUCUGGACGCCAAAUGUGGCUGGUUGAUUCCUUCCGAGAUACCGGGCGACCAUUGCUUGCCGUUCUAGCUGAUCCUGAGAGCAUUUUUAUAACGGGCCUGAAGAAGUUUCAGCAGCGAACCAUAUAUGCCAAUAUUGUGAAUGAUCGCUCGGUUCUCUUCUAUACGUCUGGUCUUUCCAAACACGAUCCUUUCCGACGUCUGGAAGAUGUGAAUAUCAACUACGUCAAGGGCUAUGAAGAUGUCAUUAUCGAUCCCGAUCUUCAUGUGCUUCCUCCGGUGGAAGGAAAACCGGAGACUGCAGCAGCGCAGAUUUGGAAGAAAUUGAAAUCUGUGGCUCUCUGGAUACCUCUGUCAUCAUUACUCCUGGUCCUCGUGCCACUGGCUUCUACACUGUUUUUGAUCAAUGCCGGCAUACAGACGUUUCGCAGCUCGAAGCGAAUCCGCAUGCACGAACUUGGUGAAAAUCUCGAGCGCUUUGGACGAUACCGAGUACCUCUCUUGGUUCAAGAUGCUCAGCAUGCCGUGGAAGAGGCCUUUGAGAGCGUCAAUGCCAUACAAGAACCAGCUUAUCUAUCAAACAGUGACACCGAAGUGUCCGAAGCAGCACCCGAGAAAUCUGCAAGAUUAUCUGUCUCGAGUCCUGCGCAAAGUGAUGCUGAACUCGGGUCUGCCUCAGCUAGACGGUCAUCUACGACCGCGGGUUCUACGCGCUUUCCCAAGCUGGCAUUGACCCAUGAACAAUUUGGUAUAAUCGAUUCACUUAACGCUGUGGGAAUUCGGAAAUACCCCGUCCAUAUACAGAAGCAUCGACAUAGCCAUGCAGCUAUCAUUGUUCGAGUUGAGAAGGAUGGAUUCAGAGAAGGCAAGAUAGUGAUGAAGCACUGGCUGGACAACGAGUUCGUAUUAUAA